CUAGGAGCUCUACUUCUCUAGCGUUUUCUCCUUUGAAAACCAAGCAACAAUGCAGGAGAAAGGCAACCCUUCCCAGCCAAUUGGCAUCUGCCACCGGCUCAUCACCUUCAUCAUGAACAGCCACAUUGCUAGAAGCCUUGUCAAGCGUGUGACCUUAGGCCAUCCAAUUCCUCAAGACCUACAGCCUAUGAUCCCAGCAGCCAACCCUAAUGGGGCUGGUCAGACUAUGUACCUUCAGGCUCUCCAGACACCGGAAAACGAAUCAGUUUUUGAGAUUCAAAUUCACUACAAGCAAACCGAUGAGGACUUUGAAGAAUCAUGGACCGAAGUUGACAAGUUGGGUCCAAUAGAGAGAACAGAGGAGGCAGAGAUUCAAGACAAGGGUCCACGAGAGGUGAAGCUCAUUUCCACAGCCACAUCCCAAGCAAAGGAGCCAAAGAAGAGGUUGAGCAUUGAAGAUGAGGGAGAGUUAGAGAAAGAGAAAGAGAAAGAGAAGAACAAUAAGAAGAAAGGAAAGGGUGUGAUUAGUGGUGAAAAGUUGACGCUAGCAAUGGAGGCUGAAGAUGAGAUUUCAAGGCUUGGGUUGAGGCGUGUAAGGCCACUCUUUCAUGUUGCGCCAAACAUAAAUGAAAAAUCAGAUGCGUUUAUUCGGAGUAGAAAGGAAGCUAUGAGGAGGAACUAUGGCCUUGAGCCAAGGAUAUCUUAGUCUUCUUGGCUACAUGUGGCGGUUGGUGCGGUGGCUCGCGGCCGGGGUUGUGCAUCCAUUGGGUAAGGCUGUCACGAUGAUUAGGUUGCGAGCAACUAUGGUGAAAAGGUUAUGCUAUAGUAUAUGUAUCAGAAUAAAAAGAUUAAAGUAACAAUGUUCAUUGAAUUUUAUAUAAAGAUACAUUAUAUUGAAGGUUUUCUUAGAAAGGAUUCGGAUUCUAAGUUUUCUAGCUAAGAUCUGCUUAACUUUUUCCCUCUAUCCGAAAACAAAUAUAUAAGGACGACAAA